UCAGAGACGUUGCCCACUUACGCGAGCCGAGUGAGACAGAAGGUCUUGUUUCCCCGAGGUCGGCGUCGAAGAAGGUGAAGAUGGUCUCUGGCUCGGGGCUCUGCUCGGGACGGGUGGUGGUGGAUGCUCGCCACCACAUGCUGGGGCGGCUGGCGUCGAUCCUCGCCAAGGAGCUGCUCAACGGACAGCGCGUGGUGGUAGUCCGCUGCGAGGAGAUCUGCCUCUCCGGUGGGUUAGUCCGACAGAAGAUGAAGUACCUCCGCUUCCUCCGCAAACGGAUGAACACCAAACCAUCCCACGGUCCCAUCCACUUCCGCGCCCCCUCGAAGAUCCUCUGGCGCACCAUCCGUGGGAUGAUUCCGCACAAGACUAAGCGUGGUGCUGCAGCGUUGUCAAGGCUAAAGGCGUACGAGGGCGUGCCGCCGCCUUAUGACAAAACGAAAAGAAUGGUUAUUCCAGAUGCUCUCAAGGUAUUGAGGCUUCGACCUGGACACAGGUAUUGCUUGCUUGGUCACCUCUCAUCUGAAGUUGGAUGGAAUCACUCCGAUACUAUCAAGGAACUUGAGGAGAAGAGAAAAGCCAGGGCCAAGGUAGCUUAUGACAGGAGAAAGCAGCUUACGAACCUUAGGGGAAAGGCAGAGAAAGCUAUUGAUGAGACGCUUGGUUCUCAGCUCGACAUACUUGCUCCCCUCAAGUACUGAGGUGAUUGUCCUAUUUUAGUCGGAUUGCUAGUUGUUUCAUGCCAUUUUUGUUUUAUUCAGACUGAAGUUCAGACUGAAGGACAAACGUCUGAUUGAGUAACUUUGCGUCAUCAGUGUUUUAAGAUACCAGAUUAUUUUGAAAUUAAAUUUGGUUUUCGUAC